AUGGCGGACGACGGCUUGAUACUAAACAUUUGCUCGGCAACAAAAAAUGCGAGUGAUACUGCUCAUAAAAAGCCAAGCAUAAGGGCUCAAGUAAAAGAAGUUGGCGGCAGUUGGAAAGAGCGCAAUAGAGUUAGAAAGGCCAUUAAAAGCCAAAUAAAAAAGUCUGCCAAAUCUUAUGUUCCUUUGGAACACGAUUAUAACACAGCCGAAAAUGGUGGCUAUGACUUGAGCUCAAAUAAUGAGAUCACUCAAAAAAAGUUUCCAAAAAAUAAAUCCGCUUUUGCUAGGGUAGAAAAUUCUAAGGAAGUACAAGAAAAAUCGAAAAAAUCCGGUAAUGCCAUUACCACAACGCAACCGCAUCAAGUAAUUUCUUCUCUUUUUACGUCCAAUCCCACGAUACCUCCAAUUAAACAUAAUAAUCAGCAAAAUGAUAAUUUCCCAAGUAAUGCACCGGUGGAUGAUUCGAACUCAUUUAUUGGAAUGGGUUUAGAUGCAGAUUUGGUUGCACAUGUCAAAGAAAAAUUGAAUGCAGAGAAACCAACUGAUAUUCAAUGUAAAGCUAUUCCACUGUUGUUGAAUUCAAAUAAUAUAUCAAGAAAUGAAAUUAUCGAUUUAGACGUUGUAAUUCAAGCGGAAACUGGUUCAGGAAAAACAUUGGCAUUUCUUUUGCCUAUCAUAGAAAGAUUGAUACGUGCCACUAAAUCCAUGAAGUCAGACUCGCCAUUGACACGCUCUCUAGGCACGCUAGCGAUAAUACUUACGCCGACACGAGAACUUGCGAAACAGACGCUCUCCGUAUUGGAGUCUUUGCUAAGUAUACCACCAUCCAAAACUACCAAUAAUCGUUUGCAGCAUUGGAUAGUUCCGGGAAUUGUAAACGGUGGUGUUAAGAAGAAAGCAGAGAAGGCAAGACUUCGUAGAGGAGUCAAUUUAUUGGUUAGUACGCCUGGUAGACUAUUAGAUCAUCUACAAAAUACAAGAUCAUUCUCUGUGGAAAAUUUACGAUGGCUUGUCCUUGACGAAGCUGAUCGAUUACUUGAAUUGGGAUUCGAAGAAACAUUACAGAAAAUUAUACAAAUGUUGGAUGAUCGAUCGGAGGCUUAUCAAAAAAUAAAUCAAAAAAAUUGUCUUUUUGAUUCUGAGAUAUUACCUAAGAGAAGACAGACAAUUCUUUGUUCUGCUACACUAAAAGAUGAUGUUCGGCGUUUAGCAGGUCAAAACUUGUUCAACCCAACUUAUAUUAAUGGAACUGAUCAAAGAACCGAUAAAGUGAAUAAGGGACAUUCAACACAUGCAAAUAAUUCGAAAUUGUUUACCACACCAAAUCAAUUGAAACAAAAAUGCAUAGUAACACCGGCGAAAUUAAGAUUAGUCACGUUAACAGCAAUACUAAAAUCAACAUUCAAGCGACACUCGGAAUCAAUAUCUAAUGAAAAAGUUAUUGUCUUUUUCUCAUGUUGCGAUGCAGUUGAUUUUUAUUUCGAUUUGUUUGCGAACGCGGGAAAUCUCGAACAAGAUUCGGAUAAUGAUCAAAAUGUUAGCUCAGAGACAUCUCUAAUUAGCACAGUAAUUCCAAACUUGAUGAUGUUUCGACUACAUGGUGAACUAUCUCAAACAUUACGUACAACAACAUUUCAAAAAUUUGGCACUGCUUCAUCUGGUGUUCUAUUUUGUACCGACGUAGCUGCCAGAGGUCUUGAUCUUCCAAAUGUUUCAAAGAUUUUUCAGUAUGAUCCACCAACUGACAUCAAAGAUUAUGUGCAUCGAGUUGGUAGGACUGCGCGAUUAGGUAAAGAUGGAGAAGCGAUGCUUUUUUUGUUGCCUAGUGAAGUUGGAUAUAUUGAUUCACUGGAGGCUCGAGGAAUAAACACGAAAAAUGUUCAAGUAGACACAGUAUUAAGAAAUUUAACACCAAUGAAGCCGAGUGAAUAUGAGUUGGAAGCGACAAGUAUUCAACUUUCUUUUGAGAGAUAUGUUCUUUCUGAUAAUCAAAGAAUUUCCAGGGCCCGAAAAGCUUAUCUAUCUUAUAUUCGUGCUUAUGCCACCCAUUCAUCUUCCGAGAAAGAAAUAUUUCACAUAAAAAAACUGCAUUUAGGCCAUCUUGCAAAAAGUUUCGCUUUACGAGAAGCUCCAUCAAAUAUUACGAACAUUGAAUCAAAGAGAUCAAAAAAAAAUCAUGAUAAAAUAACACAGAAAAAAUUCCCUCCUACUGAUAAAGUUAUUCAAAUUGAUCGAUUCAAAUUAAAUAACACAGGUUUGGCGCAGAAAAGAAAACUGGAUGUGAAUGAAUUCGCGGUUGGAAGUUAUAAAUCUAUGAUAGGGCCAACUGUUAAAAAGAAACGAAAAAUAAAAUAA